AUGAUCUACGAUCAGCCGAGGGAUCUCAGCGACGAUUACGAGGACCACAACUGGGCGAUUCCAAUGAUUGUUCCACAGGAACAUUUGUUCCCUUGGGGCGCUUUCAAGUUGUGCUUCCUGUAUGUCCAAAGCGUCAAAGAUGGUAUCUACACUCAUCGGGGCAUUCGAGAACUCAAUAACUUUGAAGUUGUGGAUAUGUCAAUUCCCAGUGACACCAAUCAAUGGUUGCCGGAGCUUUCUCGUCAGGAUUCACUGGUACGCAUCAAAGACUGGCUGCACGAGGAAACACCUCUCCCAUCGAUGGGUCUGACCUCCACCCUCCCAACUAGACUCAUCCACCUCCUCCCGGCGAAUGCAAGCGAAGAGUCAGAAAUGGUGAGGCUGGAAACAAACAACAUGAACGCCACUGAAUACGCUGCGUUGAGUCAUUGCUGGGGAGGGAAGCACCCCCUUAUGCUGCGCCAUGAGAACCUGAAGGAACUAGUUGGCGGAGUGCCCCUGACCACUCUUCCAAGAACCUUUCAGGAUGCCAUCAAGCUUGCUGCGUCUUUAGGCAUCCAUCAUCUCUGGAUCGACUCUCUCUGCAUCAUUCAAGAUUCCAAGGAGGACUGGGAGGCCGAGGCAGCCCGCAUGGCGUCCGUGUACCUUGGUGCCAAGGUGACAAUUUCCGCGACUGCCGCAGAUGACUCGUCAACGGGUACGAUGCCCGACUCCAUGCUGCGAUACCCUACGUACGUCAAGCCGACCUGGACCGGGUUUGAGGAUAUCCCAAUGCUCCAAAAGCCAUUCAGAAUCAUCGACAACACGUCAUUCAGCCGUCGCGUGCUCCUCCGAAACAUAUUCACUCGCGGUUGGGUGUACCAAGAGCGUAUCCUGUCGCCGAAGGUCAUUCACUGCGCCGACGAUCAGUUGUGGUGGUUCUCUAUUUCCGACGCUAAAGGAUAUGUUUUCAACGAGACCUGCAAGGGACACGAGUUUGAUGUCUUGCGCAUGUCCAGCCUUUCGCAGUCCGUUUCUCCAUCCGAGCUGUAUUCUGUGCGGCCGAACUCGGAGGCUUCGCCCUCAAGACGUGUUUGGUGGAGUCUGGUGGAAGACUACAUGACGCGGCAAUUUACGUUCGAUUCGGACAGGCUUAUUGCCAUCGGAGGGGUGACAUCUGUCUAUCAACGACUAUCAGGCUUGCGCGAAGACGCUUACCUUGCCGGGUUAUGGCGGCAUACACUUCUUGAAGAUCUUCUCUGGACCACGCGAGAGGGCCGACGAUCAUCUCCUCCACAAGGCUACCGUGCACCAUCGUGGUCAUGGGCAUCCAUGGAACCGAUUCACUACCACACCCACAAAUUCUCACUAGGAUCGGUGAACGUGCAGUCUUCGUCCGACGGUCUCCGAACAUUCGGUUUGGUAGCCAGCGUUGAAGAUGCCAAAGUGGAAACCACUUCGUCGAGGUUCGGCUCGGUGGUGGACGGACACUUGGUUCUUCACGGCCCUUUAAUCAGAGCCAAGCUCUCAUCACAGAUGAUCGACGUUCCAGGGGCCUACAUGUAUGCCUCAGGGAUUUCAGACUUCUUCCCUGGCGGCAUAUUGAAGUACCAGUUGAGCACAUUGUCGCUGCCCGAAAGAGAGGACGCCAAGGAGAAAGAGAUAGCUGAUGUGAUUGCGGACGUGGACCUUGUCACCAAGCCUACCUUGGACGACACGUUCCCCAUUUAUUGCUCGAUGGGAGAGUCUGCUGUCUACCUGGCUGUCAUUGAGCACCACCAGUUCACGCAGGACAGCAAGCUAAAAGCGGAUAGGGCCCACGCCCUCGUGCUUGAGAGGGGCUUGUACGAUGGGGAAUAUCGCAGGAUUGGAUAUGUCUACAUGGCGCCAACUGUAUUGUAUCCCUUAUCCUUGCAUGGGACAUUUGGUGCUUUUGAUCCCCUCAACCAGGACGAGUACCUGAGGGUUGGGGAGAAGCCCGGGUACUACGUUUAUCGAGUCGUUUAA